CUGACAUUACCACAUGAUUGAAUGGGACUAAUUUUAUUGCAUUUUCUUUUGAAUGUGUGUAGUAUUGAUCGGGUAACUAAUACGAAAUUGCUAUUAUGUAGCUUUUGAAUUUAACAAAAAGGAACUUUAAUCGCAAAGCCAGCAGUAUUACACAUCCUUGCUUGACUUCUGUGGACGGCUUAAAAGAACUAAACAAAUAUAGUGUUUCAUGUAACGACAUCUUUCAAAAAUGUUUUUGCAAAAGUACCCGAGUGUGACGGAAUUUGAUAAUCAUCGUUUGAACAAAAUGAAGUAUUAUAUUUGAUGCAUGUGAAAGAAAGUGAUUGAUAUUCCUGCUGCAGAUUAAGAAAUAUUACAAGAUGUCAUAGACAGCGAUGGGUUGCUCAUGUUUUAAAGCUAUCAUUUUGUAUAAGAAGUGACUGAAACGAAGGCAACAAGGCUGGAUAUUGGUAUCAUUUUUCCUAAGUUAUAUUAUCAUUCCCCUUUUCAUAAACUGUGGUCUUAAGUAAACACAAGCUGACAAAGAUACAUAAUUAAAAUUGUACAAUAUGGCACAAAACAGGACAAUUAAUGAACAACAACACCCGGCGUCAGAGAAAAGUGGUUUUGUAAGCGUUCGAAGUCAGUCACACUCAGGCAGCAUCUCAAAAGAAUCGGAAGAUUAUCAAUCUGUAUCUUCUAAUGAUGCGUCUUCGGUUAUGAGAAGAUGGGAUAUAGAGACACCUAUAGAAGCUCCCUUGUGUGAAUCAUUUUCAGUAUCUGACAUGUGUACACUCUGUGCAGCAAAUGAAAAGGCUGAAAAAGCAACACACAUAUGUCGAGACUGCUGCCGAUAUGGCAGAUACUAUUGUCAACGUUGCUGGGAUAAUCACAAUAAGUUCUUACCCACUCAUGAUACACUGUCACUUUCCGUUAGCAGCGACAGAUACGAGCGUGACUCUAGUGCCAGCGCUCAAAGGAAUGCAUCGGAAGAGUUAGAACAGAAGGUGAAAUCAUUAGAAAAAGAAACGGAACGUCUUCAACACGAAUUGCAGGCUGAAAAGACUGAAAAAUAUAACGUUUUUAAAAGAUUAGAACGAGACAAGUGCGCUGUUGAGGAAGAGCUAAAGAGAAUUGAAAAGCACUCUUUAAAUGAAACAGUUGCGCUUAUAAAACAAAUCAAAAGUCUUCGACAAGAAAAUGACGAGAUUAAUAGUGCAAGGGAAAAUGAUCGUCACCAUUUUAAGGCCGAGAUGAAGGUAAAAGAGUGUGGCCUUCAAAGAUUAGAAGAUAUGACACGAGAGAAAUGCGCAGUUGAGGAAGAGUUAAAGAGUCUUCUAAAACAGUCUUCUGAUGACAAAUAUGCUCUUGAAAAGAGUAUGAAAAGAUUAGAAGAUAUGAAACGAGAGAAAUGCGCAGUUGAGGAAGAGUUAAAGAGUCUUCUAAAACAGUCUUCUUCCUUUAGGACAUUGAGUACUUUUGUUAUGGUCAUUGGGUUUACUUUUAUAUGUUUCUACAUGAUCAUUUAAGUGUUUUACUUAUUUAACCUUUUGUAACCAUGACAACUGUUAGAAUUUCACUUGGCGGGGAUUCAUUUUAUUUACACUGUCUCGUUUGUGGGAACAUGGUGGGGCUAAAAGCGAGGUUUGGUGCACCAUUAACCGGUUUAAACUCCCCAGCAGUCAUUAUUAUGCUGCUGACCGUUCCAAGGCGGCGCCCCACUGUGUUCCUCAGAUGUAUGUCUUAUGUUGUUUCAUACUGUUUUGGCGACACUUUUGCUUGUGUCCCUUGUUGUUUUCUCGUCUGCGGUAAGUAUCUUCCCCAUUGCCUCUAGUUUUUGUUUCUUUGAUUACUUCCCACCCCCUCCCCCCCGGUCCCCUUCCCCUUUGUGGGCCUAUUUUUAUUUUCUUUGAAUUCCUAAUCAGUUGCAGAUUAAUUAUCAUUUAAUGAUUAACCUGUCCGUGCUCUGUCUUUGCCCUGUUCUGUUUUUGUUUGGGGUCCCCCUGGGCUCCUUGCCAUUGGUUCUUGUUGCUGGGUCAUGUGGCGGUUGUGUUCAUUGGGCGCCGCCUUUCCUUGUUGAUCUUGUUUAUCAUAUUUUCUGAUGACAAAUUUGCUCUUGAAAAGAGUAUGAAAAAGUUAAAAUAAUAAAAAGUGUUUUGAAAGAAAAACUCUUGUAUGUUUUGUUACAAAAGACAGAAUUUGAGAAUAAAUAGUGAUGAAUAAAAUACAAAAUCCACGGAUUUCAUUAAACAAAACCCAAUGGAAUUAUUUACAUAUAAUAGAUGAUACUUAACAAAUGAAUGAAAUUUUAACUAAAUUGAAAGAGUGGAAGAAAAAAUCAUUUAACUCUUUCUAGUAUUUAGACUACAUAUGUUCACUGUAAAUUGAUAUUUUUUCAUGUAUUUUAUUGAUAGUCUUCGACAAGAAAAGGACAUGAUUAUGCACGAAAGAGACAAUGAUAGACUCAAAUAUGAGGCUGAAAUAAAUGUUAAAGAAAAUGCUAUGGGAAGGCAUGUGUUAUUGUAAACAUAAAGAUCAGAAUUAACAAAAAAGCAGUUCGUAUUAUGAUGAUUUAUAAAUGCUAACAUUUUAUACUCGUUAUAUACCAAAUGUUUUUAUUAAAAGCAUCAUUUAUGAAAUGUAUGUACCCUAUUUUGUUUUUAUCCUAGUAUGUCAUUGUAAAACUAGGGUAUGGUCUGACAGGGUCAUUGUCCUAUUUGGCUAGUGUGCUAUUUGUUAUCAUAUAUAAUAUAAGAUCGAAAAGAGGAAAAAGAAAAUGAGCAGCAAUUGUUAUUAUAAGCACAGCUACAAAUGUUCGUAAUAAAAAAACAGGGAGUUUGUAUGACUCCCAGGCCGAGAUGUAAAGGUCGCUGACUUGAGAUCACAGGUCCCUCACCGCUGUAGGUUCGAUCCUCACAUACAUUGUAGGUCGAAAUCUUUCAUGUGAGGAAGCCAUCCAGCUGGCUUACAGAAGGUCGGUGGUUCUACCCAAGUGCCCGCUCGUGCUUGAAAUUAUGCCCGAAGGGGUACCUGGGGUCUUCCUCCACCAAUAAAGCUGGAAAAAAAUCGACGAAAAAAUCUAUGAAAAAAAGAACUAUUCCUGAUUGUGCAUAUUUCCGGUAUUAUCCGAGCUUCGCUGCAAAAAAUGACCAGCAGAGCUUCAAAACAUUAUCAAGCUGUCACAUGUUAAACUGCUAGUGAGAUUUAAAUGAAACUUGAUAGGAGGAACCAUUACGAUACAUUGUUAUCCAUAUCGCCUACGUGUCCAAAAGACCUCCAGAGCUAUAAAUAGAAAAAAUCUUGUCCAUCUGUCACACGUUAAACUGCUGGCAGGAUUUCGACAUUUCUUUACAGGAGUGAUCAGUACCAUCUCAGUUGUGCAUAUCAUCGGAAUGCUCGGUUUCGCUGCACAAUAUGACGCCAGAGCUAUAAAUAGAAAAAUCUUGUCCGGCUUUCACAGAUCAAACUGAUUGGG